UUGGGGUAUAAAAGAUGAGUGAAUCUCGCAGAUCGGUUAAUUCAGAAGCUAGCAAGAACAUGUUGGGGUACUACAUCGAGAGAUAACAUAGGUUAACGGCUUUAACAGCCUAAACUUUUCUUGACUAAAUUAACAACGAACAGUCAUAAACAUUUAACAUCAAAUUUGCCGUGUGGCUUAUUUCUUUGUUCAUUCGAAGGAUUAUAUUUGUCUUCAUUUUAAUCGUGUUUUGGAGAGCUAGCUUUUGACAAUCAAAAUGAUGCGACUUGCACGACUACCCUACUCCGUUGCCAGGAGGAGUAGCCAGAAAUUGAUCAUGGGCCCAGCCCUCCCGCCGCAGGUGGCUGCCCCUACAGCCUCGGCCGCGGUCGUGGUCGAACACCGCCGACACCGUCAUCAGAUAGCGGAGACCAUGAAACAACUUCUCAAGAAUGAUCGAAUGUUCGACAAGAUUUAUCAGAAGCACGAUGCCUUCGCCCAGCGUCAUCUUGGACCACGCAAGGGUGAUGCCGAAGAGAUGCUCAGUGUUAUCGGGGCGGAUAGUUUGGAGGAAAUGCUUAAUCUCACCGUGCCAGAAUCCAUCAAACUCCAGAGAGACUUGGACAUUGGAACAGCACAAUGCGAGACAGAGAUGUUGGAGAAACUCAAGGAGGUGGCAUGCAAGAACAAGAUGUACCGCAGUUACAUUGGUCUGGGCUACCACAGCUGCCACAUUCCAUUGACCAUCGUCAGGAACAUGCUAGAGAACCCUGGAUGGAUUACCCAGUACACACCAUACCAGGCAGAGCUGUCACAAGGCCGUCUGACUGGUCUCCUCAACUAUCAGACCAUGUGCGCCGACAUGACCGGUCUGGACAUUGCAAACGCAUCCCUUCUGGACGAAGGCACCGCAGCUGCAGAGGCUAUGGGCCUAGCAAAAAGGCACACCAAGAGAUCAAUAUUCUAUGUUGAUGAAAAGUGUCAUCCUCACACCAUUGCUCUUGUAAAGACUCGUGCCGAUCCAAUCGAUGUUGAAGUCAGGGUUAUGCCCCACAGCGAGAUGGACUUCAGUGGAGAUGAUAUUGCUGGGGUGCUCUUCCAAUAUCCAAACACCGAUGGGAGUGUCGACGAUUUCACCAAGCUGGUCCAGAAUGCUAAGAAACACAAGACCAUAACAGCUUGUGCCACCGACCUGAUGGCUCUUGUCCUUCUCACACCACCUGGUGAGUUUGGUGUUGACAUCGCUCUAGGAAGCAGCCAGCGCUUUGGUACUGCCCCAGGCUAUGGUGGACCACACGCCGCCUUCUUUGCUGUACGAGACUACCUCAAACGCCAGAUGCCUGGACGCAUUGUUGGUGUCACAAAGGACUCUGCGGGAAAUCCUGCCCUCAGGCUUUCACUCCAGACCAGGGAACAGCACAUCAGGAGGGAGAAGGCAACAAGCAACAUCUGCACAUCUCAGGCUCUCCUCGCUAACCUGUCAGCCAUGUAUGCCGUCUAUCAUGGGCCUAAGGGACUGCACCACAUCGCCAGGAGGAUCCAUAUGGCUACGGUCAUUCUUGCUCAGGGAAUUAAGAACAGUGGACUGGAGCUGCAAAACAAGGAUCAGUUCUUUGAUACAAUCAAGGUCCAGUGCAAUGGCCACAGGGCUGACAUCUUGCAGAGAGCUGAGGAGAUGGAGAUCAACUUUAGACACCAUGACGAUGGAUGUGUCGGUAUCGCCCUCGAUGAGACCGUAGAGGAGAAGGACCUCAACGACCUCCUAUGGGUGAUGGGCAGCAAACAAACGGCCGCGGAGAUUGCCCAGGAGAUCGCUCAGUCACCCCCUUCGACCGGUGUCAUAGAUGGCCAGCUUGCCAGGAGGUCCGAGAUCCUCUCCCAUGAGGUCUUCAACAGCUACCAUGCAGAGACUGCCAUUGUGCGCUACAUGAAGAUGCUUGAGAACAAGGACCUGUCCCUUGUCCAUUCCAUGAUCCCUCUGGGCUCCUGUACCAUGAAACUCAACAGCACGUCAGAACUUGCACCUAUCUCAUGGCCAGAGUUCAACAGCCUACACCCCUUUGCUCCAGUGGAGCAAGCACAGGGCUACACGGAACUCUUCAACGAACUAGAGAAGGACCUGUGCGAGAUCACCGGGUAUGACAAGUUCUCUUUCCAGCCAAACAGUGGCGCUCAGGGCGAGUUUGCUGGCCUGAUGUCGAUCCGAGCCUACCAGCAGAGCAUCGACCAGGGCCACAGGAAUGUUUGUCUCAUCCCCACUUCCGCCCAUGGAACCAACCCUGCCAGUGCCCAGAUGGCCGGCAUGAGCGUCAAAGCCGUCAAGGUCACCAACUCUGGAAGCAUCGACUUCGCCGACCUGGAGAAGAAGGUGAACAAGUACAAGGACAGGCUUGGUGCCAUCAUGGUAACGUACCCAUCAACCAAUGGCAUCUUCGAUGAAGGCAUCAAGGAACUCUGCGACAUGGUCCAUCACUUUGGCGGCCAGGUCUACCUGGACGGUGCUAACAUGAACGCCCAGGUGGGACUCUGCCGUCCAGGAGACUACGGCUCCGACGUUUCGCAUCUCAACCUUCACAAGACCUUCUGCAUCCCUCACGGAGGCGGAGGACCAGGCAUGGGACCCAUUGGAGUUAAGUCACACCUUGCUCCAUUCUUGCCAACCCAUGACGUGAUCCCCGUCCCCGGCUCCAACCAAGCCUUUGGCUCUGUCAGCGCCGCCCCUUGGGGCUCCUCAUCCAUCCUUCCCAUCUCCUAUGCUUACAUCAAGAUGAUGGGAGCCAGGGGAUUGAGGAAGGCCUCCGAACUGGCCAUCCUCAACGCCAACUACAUGAUGAAGAGGCUGGAGAAUAACUACAGCAUCCUCUACAAAGGCACCAAUGGAUUCGUCGCUCACGAGUUCAUCCUCGACACCCGCGAGUUCAAGAAGGACGGCAUCGAGGCUAUUGACAUCGCCAAGCGUCUCCAGGACUUUGGCUUCCACGCUCCCACGGUUUCAUGGCCAGUCACAAACACGUUGAUGGUUGAGCCAACGGAGAGCGAGGACAAGGCCGAGAUGGAUAGAUACUGCGACGCACUCUUGCAUAUCCGCUCUGAAAUCCAGGAUAUCCAAGAUGGCCGCAUCGCAGCCAAGGACAGCGCAAUCAAGAAUGCCCCACACACAGCUGCCACAGUCAUGUCUGCAGACUGGGACAGAGCUUACACCAGGGAACAGGCUGUCUACCCUCUGUCGUUCGUCCGACCAGACACCAAGUUCUGGCCGUCUGUCGGCAGGGUGGAUGAUGUCUUCGGAGAUCAGAACCUCAAAUGCAGCUGCCCGCCGGUGGAGACCUACUGCUCCGACUCAGAUGCAGAGCCUAUCUACCAGCAAGACCAGCAGGCGUAAAGAAUACCAGAGCCAGACUCUGAAGGAAUUGAACAAAAAAAACAUGUUUUAAUUGGACAAAAGACGGAAAGAAUGGAGUAAAUUUAGCUGCCAACCAAAGAAAGAAAGAAGCAACCACAACUCAUGGUGGAAUUAUUCAAAGAAGCAACGUCGGAGUGUGAUCUGGCACUCCAAAAAUAAAAGCUGGAAUGGACAGAGAUCCAGCAUUGCUAACAGUAUCUGAAAUGUGACUUCCAGAAUUGAUAAGACAAUUCAUCAUGGAGUAAACAGUAUCAGGACACUGAAAUAAGUCCUAUGACUGUAUAUAAGUUGAUACAAGCAAGAGCAGAUGCGACGAUUUACUUAUGCUCAGCAAUUAUAGAGACGACGUGCAUGUAUUCUGCUGGCUAAAGGUGGAUCAUCAUUAUAUUUGCCAUCUUAAAUAUGACUUGAUGUAUGUUUUAAAGCUUCUACAAGUGCCUAUAUAACUACAAGCGAACUAAUAAGCGGUAGUUGUGAUGUUAAAAGAGUUUUUAAAGAUUUACAAAGAAAUCUGAAAAUGGAUAGGAUUCAAAGUAUCAAUCAGCUCAGUAAUAUUUCUUUUAAACGUGCAAUGUUUGAGAAGCACUCGAUACGAAGUGCUUCUAGUGAAUACCGGACUCAGAACACUAUGAUGCGGUGUUUGCUAUAAAAUACUUAGCAUUAUAUUUUGUCUUUUCUGUUCCAUUCAUCUUACAAUUGAUGAAAGCAACAUUUAUGAAAGUAUUCAUCAAAUAAUCUUAACUCUGGAUGAAAAGAACUUUGAAUUGAGUCUAUUUUCGUCUUUCUUUAUUUUAUGUUUCUCUUGUGUAAGCCACAGUUCAUAGGAUUUUGUUAUAUUAAGAUGUAAACAUUCCAAGAGAAGAACUGAAAAAAUAAAUGUUUUAUUAUUCUCUUAUACAAAUUAGUUUUACUGGCCUUGUUUUAAAGGUACAGUCUACUUUAUUAUGUAUAUACAUGUUCUCUUCUUAAUGUAGUUUUAAAUCCCGUUUUCAGUGUGUGAAAAUGGUCGAUUACAUGUGAGUCGACAAGAAGUAUUUAUAAAGUUUUGCUCAGUGCAUUCAUUAUUUUAAUCGCAUUCAGGUUAGCACUGGUGGAGCAUAUUGUAAAAAACAUAACUUGGUAUAUCAUUUCUAUUUGUAAGGUGUUCAACAAAGUAGAGACAAAAAAUCAUUAUGAUUUGUUGAACAGGAAAUGGGGGAUAUUAUUUUUGUAUUUUUUAUAUGAAUGCUCCUGUAAUAAUUUAUUUAUUCAUAAUGUACAACAUAAGGACAACUCUUGGUAUACGUGUUUGUGUGACCAAGAAUAAUAUGUCGUUUAUUCUUUCUCUUCACUUUGGAAAUGUUUGAUUACAUGUGUGCUUUAAAUUUGUUUUCUUUAGGUUUUAUGUUCAACCCCCCCCCCCCACAUACUAUAUUAGUAUGAAUGCCAAGUAAGAAUUAUCAAACAACGAUAUAUGUGUAUAAUUUAUAAAUGUAAAAAUGUUACAUCAAUGCCUUCUGUCAUUUGUACAGAGAUUCGAUCAGAAGGCAAAUUGAGGUCGUUUUUUUUCUCGACAAUGUACUAUGUGAAUAUUAUUACUUAUCUGUUAUUUAAGAAAAGAAGAAAAGUGAAGAAAAAAUACAUAAAAGAUAAUUCAUAAAA